AUGAUUCCCCGAAACCUCAUCUCAGGGCUCUUUCUUUUGCCGUUCGCCGUUUCAGAGCUAAAUAUCUACGGGUAUUUGGAUCUGAAGACUCUUGCAGAUGGAUUUCAUACGACUACGGCUUGCAUCGCCGCCUUAAAUCAAACCGUCGAUUGCGACGCCAGGACUGCAGUUGCCGCAGCUGUUGCUGAUACCUACUACUGGACACUAGACAAUGUGACCACACUAUGCACUUCCCAAUGCCAACAAUCUCUCGCCUCCUGGACCUCCGCCGUGGAUGCGGCGUGUGGCAAUCGCCCUAUUGUCGAAGAUGGAAUCAUCAAGCUUGCAUCAUCCACUCCGCUUGCAUAUAAAGAGGGAUUCGAUUUGGUUUGCCUCAAAUCAGGAGACUCGUGGUGCAUGAUCGAGUCUCAGGAGUGGGAAGGAUCGGAUAUCCUCAAAUAUCCUACAGAUUACUGCUCCACUGGAGAUCCAGAGUAUGAUGGGCCGGAAUGUUUCGAGGAAGGGUUUGAUCAGUUAGCCAUUGAAGCAGGCGAUGAGCGCAUGACUUCUCUUUACGAAAAAGAUCUGCUGUGCAGCGAUUGUUUUCUGAAGAUUUUCCGCCAACGAUUGCUCUCACCGUUCCUUCUCAAGGGCGGAUAUACAUCAUACCUUGUCGAGCAAUUUCAGGAUAUGCAGUCGUAUUGUUCCACAAGCAUGCCCUACUCUACAUCCACCAGUGAAGUCUUUAUGGGAACAGCUACACGGACAAUGCCAACAGGAUCCCCCCCGCCAGCGACUACUUGCGGUGGACCCACUAUUCAGCCCACAGAUCCGCCUCUGUCGUGUGAGGCCAUCACUGAUAAAUAUAAUGUAACUACCGGAGACGUUCGUCAUAGAACCGGAAACGUUUACUGCGAGUUUUCGGAGCCGCUGUGCCUUCCAGAGCCAUGCCAAAUUGGUGUAGUUCCACUCGGAUCUACAUGCACGAGCCUUUUAGAAAAGUACUCCAGCCCGGAAUUUAAUAUUACUCUGAGCCAAUUCUUGAACUGGAAUCCCUACCUAGCUGGAUCAUGCGAUCUGCUACGCUGGCACCAGCGAGUGUGUAUAAGACCUCCAGGUGGUAGCUAUGAGAGUCAGCCCCCAGUUCACCAGCCGACAGGUGCUUCGGAAUAUUAUACUACCGCCAUCCCGCCUGCCCCCACAUCCACAGGAACAACUCCAUCAUGCGGUCGAUACUAUGAAGUUGUCGCUGGUGACCAGUGCAAUACAAUCGCUCUUCAUUUUGGGAUAACUGUCUAUGUUUUCCUUUCCUUGAAUACCCAGAUCGACGAAAGGUGUUCGAACCUGUGGAUUGCUUACGCCUACUGCUUCAAGUGCCCCCAAAAUCCACCAACGGUCUAUGUGGUCCAAAUAACAGUUACGCGACCUGUGAAGAAACGGGUUUUGGAGACUGCUGUUCGAUCAGUGGAUACUGUGAGUCCAGCCAUUUUACACUGGCCACCGUCAUCAACCCCUGAUCCUCAUUACCGGAUACUCAUGACGCUGAUUGCUUUGUUUUGUACUCAGGUGGAUCAACCAAUGACUAUUGUGGACCAGGACAUUGCUACUCAGGGAAAUGUGCUCCCAGCAACGGAACUACCGUCACCCAAGAUGGGACGUGUGGCCCUCAAUAUCAUGAUUGGAUCUGUGGUGACUCCGCUUUUGGAAAAUGCUGCUCUAUUUAUGGAUACUGCGGGAGUACGCCGGAAUUCUGCGCAGCAGGGAAUUGUCAUUCGGGUGCCUGUGAUACGAACAUUGGUGAAGCGAGUAUCGACGGUUCAUGCGGACCAAGCUUUGCAGGAAACAAGACAUGUGCCGGCACUCAAUUCGGCGCAUGUUGUAAUAUGGAGGGAUAUUGUGGAGAUGGAACCGACUACUGCUCACACGGGAGAUGCUAUUCUGGGGCGUGCCAAGGGGCCUAAGAUACAAUCAAUCGCUUUAUAUACUACGGUCCUCUAUCCAGAUUUGUGGAUAUAA